AUGGAAGAUGAUGGUGGUGGCAAUGGAAGCGAAGGAAAUGAUGGGUUUUCACCUAAUUCUAGCUUUGGGGCAUUCCCUGAGACGGCCAUGGAUUUGGAUUUCAUGGAUGAGCUCUUGUUUGAUGGAUGUUGGAUAGAGACAACAGAUAGUAAAAGCUUGAAGCAGGCAGAAGAAUCUACGGCCAUGAAUGACAAUAGCCCUUUCCUCUGCUUUGGUGAGAACCCAUCUCAAGAUGAUUUCUCCAGUCAAGAGCCUUUUAACCAGGCUGAAGCAAGUUCUGAGCAAGCAGAAAAGUUUCUACUAGAAGAAGCUGAGGUAGGAAGAAGUUGGUGGAUUGCACCAAGAGCAAGUGAAGGCCAUUCUUCAUCUGUCAAGGAGAGACUGUUACAAGCUAUAAGCGGUCUUAACGAAGCUGUGGAGGAUAAAGACUUCCUGGUACAGAUAUGGGUGCCGUUUCAGCAGGAAGGGAAGAACUUUCUUACCACUUUGGAGCAGCCACACUUGUUCAACCAAAGAUACUCUAGCCUUGCAAAAUACAGACAUGUUUCAGAGACUUAUAAUUUCCCGGCCGAUGAGGGUUCGAAAGAAGUAGGUCUUCCCGGUCGUGUUUUCCUGCAGAAGUUUCCUGAGUGGACUCCUGAUGUGCGUUUCUUUAGAAGUGAAGAAUAUCCACGCAUCAAAGAAGCACAAAAGUGUGAUGUUCGUGGGUCACUUGCCCUUCCUGUGUUCGAAAGUGGUAGUGGAAUCUGUUUGGGUGUUGUUGAGAUCGUCACAACGACUCAGAAGAUGAACUACAGGCCAGAACUUGAGAAUAUCUGUAAAGCUCUUGAGGCCGUUGAUCUAAGGAGUUCAAGUAACUUGAACACUCCAAGCUGUGAGGUCUAUAAUGAUUUCUACUACGCUGCAUUACCUGAGAUAUCAGAUUUCUUGGCAUCAGUCUGCAGAUCAUAUAAUUUGCCUCUAGCUUUGUCAUGGGCCCCUUGUGCUCGGCAAGGGAAAAGUGGAUCCCGACAUUCUGAUGAGAACUUCUCUCAGUGUGUUUCCACAGUCGAUCCUGCUUGCUUUGUCCUCGAUGAACAGAGCCACAAUUUUCUCGAGGCUUGCUCUGAACAUCAUCUGCUCCAAGGGGAAGGCAUUGUUGGGAAAGCGUUCAAGGCAACCAAACUGUUUUUUGUGCCUGAAGUGACCACAUUUAGCAAGACCAACUACCCUCUUGCGCACCACGCCAAGAUAUCUGGAUUACACGCUGCUUUAGCAGUCCCGUUAAAGAGCAAAUGCAAUGGUUUGGUCGAGUUUGUGUUGGAAUUCUUCUUUCCAAAAGCCUGCCUUGACACUGAAGCGAAACAGGAGAUGCUCAAGUCACUGUCUGUGACUCUGCAGCAGGAUUUCAGGAGUUCAAAUCUUGUCAUUGACAAAGAUUUAGAGUUAGAGGUCGUAUUACCAGUUAGAGAGGACAUGGUUUUCUCAGAGAACCCACAAAUUGGGGCAGAAACCGCAGAGCCUUUGAGAGAAAUCCACCUGCAAGAAUCCUCAUGGAUCUCUCACAUGAUAAAGGCAAACGAAAAGGGUAAAGGUGUGUCACUUUCUUGGGAGUACCAGAAUGAAGACCCAAAAGAUGAAUCCAAGCUCGCAUCUGGCUGUGAUAACAUUCAGGCUGAUCCAGUCUCCAAUAAUUUCCCUUUAGAAGCUGAGUUUCAACAAGCAUCAACUUCAAGACUCAGAGUCGAUACAGGUCCUAGUACUGAAUCAGCUUCAACGGGUGGUGGAAAUAUGUUAGGGAGUAGAAGACCAGGAGAAAAGAGAAGAACAAAAACAGAAAAGACCAUUGGCUUAGAUGUUCUUCGACAGUAUUUCGCUGGAAGCCUCAAAGAUGCAGCCAAGAGCAUUGGCGUUUGUCCAACUACCUUGAAAAGGAUAUGCAGGCACCACGGAAUAACAAGAUGGCCUUCCCGGAAAAUCAAGAAGGUUGGGCAUUCGUUGAAGAAGCUCCAGCUCGUUAUGGACUCUGUUCAAGGCGCGCAGGGCUCUAUCCAGCUCGAUUCAUUCUAUACAAGCUUCCCAGAGUUGAACUCCCCAAAUAUGUCCAGUAAUGGCCCGCCACAGCCUUUGAAUGGUCAAGCAGAAAACGGUGUUUUGGCAGAGGAAAGAACAGCACCAAGGUCACCAUCAUCUUCUGGUUCAAGCACCAAUACAGCGAAUACUGCAAACACUCUGCAAGUUGCUGAGGAUGCCGAUGCGGUCUUAAAGAAAGCUCAGAGCGAGGCGGAACUGCAUAAUGGGAAUCAGGAGGAAACAAAGUGUCUCGCAAGAACCCAUAGCCACAAGAUAUUCAAGGAGCCUCCUCUUCCUGAAAAUUUACCUCCAUUACCAGGUAGUAGCAACAAGAGCUUAAGAGAUGGAGGGACCAUUAAAGUGAAAGCAACAUUUGGUGAAGCCAGAAUACGGUUUACCUUACUCCCAAGCUGGGGCUACAGAGAGCUGCAGCAAGAGAUUGCCAGGCGUUUUAACAUCGAUGACAUUUCCUGGUUUGAUCUUAAGUACCUCGAUGAUGAUAAGGAGUGGGUUCUUCUGACAUGUGAACCGGAUCUCGAGGAAUGCAUCGACAUAUACAGAUCCUCGCAGAGCCAAACAAUUAAAAUAACUCUGCACGAAGCUUCUCAACUUAAACUGGGAGGUUCUUUUGGUAGCAAUGGUCCAUCCUGUUAA